AUGGCGCUCCGACGGCCACACCGAAAAUCAAGACAUGGGUGUUUGGAGUGUAAACGAAGACGUGUAAAGUGUGAUGAAGCUCGACCUACUUGUGCCAAUUGUGCAAAACGGCAUGCCGAGUGUGAAUGGGGUUCUUCUAGUUCCCUCCUCUGGGCAAAUGAAGAAUCCACGUCUACACGGCAAUCACUACGCGCUUCCUCAGAUAGCGGGCAACAAACGGAUUCCGUAUUAGGUUCUCCUACCGCUGCCUCGGCCUCAUUGGGAAUCCUGGGCAGAUUAAGCAGUACAGCCUCGGCAGCUACGCCAGUCCCAAUCCUCAAUCUCCAUGAUCUGGAACUGAUGAUGCAGUGGUGUAACACAACCUACCGCACGCUCUCCCGCAACGAGACCACAGAUCAAAUCUGGCGAAAUUCCGUGCCGGAAGAGGGCCUUUCUCAUCCCUUCUUAAUGCACGGAAUCCUGGCUCUUGCCGCCCUCCAUCUAGCACGCAUGGGUCCCGACCCGUCUCGUCGCGCCGCGCAUCUCAACCGCGCCGUCGCCCACCAGAAUCAGGCGCUGGCGCUGUUCCGGGAGCUACUGGGUGAUAUUCAGGAAACGAAUGCGAAAGCCAUGUUUGCCUUUGCGAGUAUCGUCGUCGUUUACACUUUCGGCUUCCCCCAUUCGCCAGACGUACACGAUCACUGGACCUGCAUCGACGAUUUCCAUCAAGUUCUUGUUCUCACACGCGGCAUUCAGCAGGUGAUCAAGUCACCAACCGGCUUCUUGACCGAUAGCUCGUUUGCCCCGAUCUUCCAAGUCGAUGAAACUCGUGCUCCGCUCCCCGAUGAGACCGCCGCCGUACUCCGACAACUACAAGAAGCGAAUGAAGCAUGUAGGGCGCGAGAUCCCAACCACGAAAUUGACGUCUAUGCUUCGACGAUCGAAAGCAUGGCGAGCAUGCUCAGCUGGGUUUACGCUGGCAUGACGGCUAGUUCGGUCGCGGGACGCUGGGCCAUUCAGCUUCCUUCCCGGUUCCUGGAUUUGCUCCGAGAGCGGGAGCCCUUAGCACUCGUCAUGUUAGUACACUAUGGCGUGCUCUUGCAGUAUUUAAAGCAUCGGUGGUGCUUUGAUGAGUGGUGUGUGCGGGUCGCUAAAGCCGUGUGGGCGAUCUUGGAUGAUCAGUGGAGACCCUUGGUUCAUUGGGCCAUGCGUGAGAUCCUUGGUCAAAACUUUUUGGAACGCAUUGACAGUUUUUGA